UCCACUCAGCAGUCUCACUGUACAACAAGGAAAACUGUCAGGAUCAGAGGUGUCAGUAUGAGGAUGCUUUUAGGGUUCAUCCUGUGCACCAUGGUGCAUCUUCUGAACUUUGGGACCUGCACUGCAGUGAGAUCAGAGUUGAAGAUCACAACCAUUAAGCAAGACCCAUACACCAUGUCCAAAGGCUCCCAGCUGGAGGGCUACUGCAUGGACCUGCUGUCGGAGCUCUCCAAGAAGCUCGGCUUCAAAUACAGCGUUCACCUGGUGAAGGACAACAACUACGGGCGUCAGGAUGACAAUGGCGACUGGAACGGCAUGAUCGGAGAGGUGGUGAGAGGGGAAGCGGACCUGGCUAUCGCUCCCCUGACCCUGACCGCGGCGAGGGAGAAGGCUGUGGCCAUGACCAAGCCAUUCAUGCAGACAGGAAUCAGCAUUCUGCUGAAGAAGGAUAUCGUGGAGGAGGCCGGCUUCUUUGACUUCCUGAGUCCUUUCUCAGCAGAGACCUGGGGGGGCAUUCUCCUGGCCUACCUGGGAACCUCUGCCUGCAUCUUCAUUGUAGCCAGACUGAGCCCAUGUGAAUGGAGCCAGCCCCAGACAGAGGAGAACAGCUUCACCCUGCUGCACAGCCUGUGGUACACUGCUGGAGCCCUCACCUUACAAGGUGCCGGGCCCCACCCUAAGGCUCUGUCAGGGCGGGUCAUCUGCUGCACCUGGUGGCUGUUUGCUCUCGUGCUCCUGGCCUGCUACUUCUCCAACCUGAGCUCCUCCCAGUCCUCUGACUCCACCUCCCUGUCGGUGAAAGGGUUUGAGGACUUGGCCAACCAGGAAGCGAUUGAGUUUGGGACCCUGGCUGGUUCCUCGACACUAGCCUUCUUCAAGAACUCAAACAAUCCAGCCUACCGCAGGAUCUACGAGCACAUGGAGAGAAGCAAGAGUUUUGUCUCAUCAAUGGACGAGGGUGUCCGGCGAGCCAGGGAGGGCAACUUUGCCUUUAUUGGGGAGUCUGUCUCCCUUGACCUGGCGGUGGCCCGCCACUGUGACCUUGUGCGAGCCCACGAGGUCAUCGGGAUGAGGGGCUACAGCAUCGCAGCCACGCUAGGCUCUCCCUUACUAAAGAACCUGAGUGUGGCCAUCCUCCAGCUGAGUGAGGCUGGGGAGUUGGCCUACCUGCGCAGUAAGUGGUGGGCCAGCAGCUGUGUGACCGACACGGCCAAAGCCUCGGCCCUGCAUCCCCACAGCCUCAAGGGGAUGUUCCUGAUUCUGGGCCUGGGCCUGGGGCUGGGGGUCCUGCUGGCUCUCCUGGAGCUCACCUCCAAGACCCGGAGCAGUGCUGGGGAGCAGAGGAAGUCCUGCUGUAUUGUUUUGUCUGAUGAACUGAGUCAGCGUCUGAGGAGCAGCAAUGUGAACAGGAGCCAGGAGGACAAGGCUUGAGAGGCCACGCACACACACCACGCUCACCACACACACCACACGCACACCACGCUUACCACACACACCACGCACACACUACACACCACACACACACCACACACUCACUCACCUCCAUAUAAACAUACUAACAUGAGACAUGCACUUGGAUGUUUUCCUAUUCAGCAUAGAUAGACCUGGGGGUUGAUUGUGCCGGUGUACAACUGAAUCAAGUCUAUGAUAACUCAUUCUGAAUUAUAGUGAUCUUUCAAAAUAUAUCCUUAACUGGGAUUUCACCAAGAAUUGCUGACCUUCUUUGAGUGAUGGACAUUAAGAGUUUAUUCAUUGGGAUGUGGCUGCAAAAUAGUGCUCUUGUAUUUCAUUGUAAAACAUGCUGUAAUUUGUUUAGAGCUAACCAAGUGAAAAUGACAUGAGUCUUGCAACAGAAAAUGGAAAUACGUCAAAAAGAAUUUAAUGGUUUUGUCGCUUAGAUGAUGAGUCCAUAACAUACUAAAUAUUAUGUUUUUGUCAAUUAACAAUACUACAGUUUGUUCAAAGGAAAACAUGUAGAAGAGCAUUUGAAUGAGAACCAUGUGAAUGGUUACUGAUACAAUUUUCAGUGCUGAAUUAGAUGUGAGUUAAAUACUAAAAAACAUUUUUAACAGAGUUUUAGUUUUGUGUUGGGUAUUCGGUUUCACAUCAUAUAAAUUGACAUUGUACAUUGACCUACUUUUGAACAAUUGGCAUCACACUAUUUGAACAGUAACUGAAACAGUAAAUUCUUUGGUUCACUCGUUUUGGUCAUUACAGAUCACAUGUAUAAACAGAAACACCAGAGUAUGUGGCUGUAAACUGUACGGCACAUUGUCAAAAGAAUAAAAAACAACCUAAUGAUA